AUGCCAAUUUUGUCAACAGAAAUUUUUAACGAAGCAGAUGCAGGAUUUGUAUAUCAAUCCAACUCAAAUGAUUAUUCAGAUGGAUUUGAAGGACCAGAAAAGAAAUUAGAUAUUAGAUUCGGUCCAAUUAGUAAAGGUAGCGUUAAAUCAAUUGCAGGUAGCCCAAGUAAGGUUGGAUUACGUACAAUUGAUAAGGAGAAAUGGCAAACAGUAUUAGAUUCAGCAAGAUGUACAAUCAUUAGUCAAACCAGUAAUGAUCAUAUGGAUAGCUAUGUUUUAUCAGAAUCAAGUUUAUUCGUUUAUCCACGUCGUGCAAUGAUUAAAACCUGUGGUACCACCACUUUGUUACACUUGAUCGCUAAAAUGGUUCAAGUAGGUAAAGAAUGUGGUCUUGAAGUUGAGAUGGUUGUUUUCUCUAGAAAGAAUUUAAAUCAACCAUCCAAACAAGUCUUUCCACAUUGUUCAUUCUCUGAUGAAGUAAACUUUCUCAACAAGAUUUUCGAUGGUCAAGCCUAUGUUAUGGGUGACGUCAACAAGGACCACUGGAAUUUGUAUAUCGCCGAUUUCAGAAAGAAUCCAACCCUCCAAAGAACUGAACAAACCUUUGAGGUUAUGAUGCACGAUCUCGAUGAAACUGUUAUGAAACAAUUUUUCAAGCGUGAAGGUGUAUCAGCUUGGGAUACAACCGUCAACAGUGGUAUUGCCGACCUUUUGCCAGGUUCAAUGAUUGAUGAUUUCCAAUUUGAUCCUUGUGGUUACUCAAUGAAUGGUCUUCUCAAUGAAUUUUAUUGGACUAUUCAUAUCACACCAGAAUCACAUUGUAGCUAUGUAUCAUUUGACACCAAUGUAGCUCUCGCAGAUUACAAUCAAUUGUUGGCAAAGGUUUUAAAUGUUUUCAAACCAGGUCGUUUCACAGCUGCACUCUAUGCCGAAGAUGGUGCUCCAUGUGGAGAUCCUUACACUGCUUUCGAUGUCAAUGUCCCUUCCUAUGCAAUUCAAAAUAAAACUGUACAUGGUUUUGAUGGUGGUUAUGAUGUUGUUGUUUCAAAUUAUCAACAAUUGGAUAAAAAAGUGAAUUUUUCAAAUGAUGAUUUAAUUCAAUCAAUCGAAUCAACUAAUAUUGAUUUAAUUCAAGUUUAA